GAAAUGAAAGCCUCUGCAGAAUUGCUGAAACAGAACCUGCAUGUCCGUAUUUUAUGUUAUCUGAGGCACUUGGCUGGUGUAGUGGAGGGACCUUUUCCAUCUAUCUUGAUUUAGACUUUGCAGAUCCUUCUUAACGUCAAUUAAGAUGGCCCAGUGGACACAGCUGCAACAGCUGGACUCUAGAUAUCUGGAGCAGGUGGACCAGCUCUAUGAUGAUACUUUCCCUAUGGAGAUCCGCCAGUACCUAAGCACUUGGAUUGAGGGCCAUGAUUGGGAGACGGUGGUCACCAGUGAUUCACUGGCAACGGUCCGUUUCCACGAACUCCUGGCACAGUUGGAUGACCAGUACAGCCGUUUCGCCUUGGAGAACAACUUACUGUUGCAACACAAUAUUCGCAGGAUUAAACGAAACCUGCAGGAACAGUUCCAGGAAUACCCUUUAAACAUGGCCAUGACUAUCUGUAACUGUCUUAAAGAGGAGAAGAAGAUCCUGGCCUCAAUCAUCAAAAAAGAGGACAAAAUGGACUCGGCACCAAACAAGGUAGUAUUUGAGAAACAGAAGGAGCUGGACAACAAAGUCAAAAACCUGAGGAACCAAAUUCAGAAUGCAGAACAGGAGAUAAAGGCACUGGAGGACCUACAAGACGAGCACGACUUUAAGAAGAAGACCCUACAGAGCCGAGUAGAACAAGAGGUGAAUGGGAUCACGCAGUCACCAAAGUUACAGAAAGAGAUCCGUGAAGAAGAAAUGGUUAUCAGGGCGAUGUUCAUCAAACUCAACAUUACCAGAAAGAUAGUGGUACAACAAAUCGCAGAAGUCCUGAGCUGGGCUGGGGAGAUCCAGGACACCCUAGUGCUCGUGGAGAUGCCUGAGUUGAAGCGCCGACAGCAGAUCGCCUGUAUCGGAGGUCCACCUAACGCCUGCCUAGAUCAGCUACAAAUCUGGUUCACUGCGGUGGCAGAGGGGUUACAGCAGGUCCGCCAGCAGCUGAAAAAGCUUCAGGAGCUGGAACAGAAGUAUACAUAUGAAAACGACCCCAUCACUCAGUUUAAAAGCACUCUGGAGGAACGUGCUCUCACCCUGUUUAAGAACCUCAUUGUCAAUUCUUUUGUGGUGGAGAGACAGCCCUGUAUGCCCACUCAUCCCCAACGACCUCUGGUGCUGAAGACUGGUGUGCAGUUCACGGUCAAAAUCAGGCUCCUGGUGAAGCUCCAGGAGUUCAACUACCAGCUCAAAGUCAAAUCAGUUUUUGAUAAGGAUGUCUCUGAGAGAAACACAGGGAAAUGGUUCCGUAAAUUUAACAUCUUGGGAACCAACACCAAGGUUAUGAACAUGGAAGAGUCCAGUGGAAGCUUAGCAGCAGAAUUCAGACACCUGCAACUAAAGGAACAGAGAGUUACUGGGAACCGGUCAAAUGAGGCUCCCCUCAUAGUGACUGAGGAGCUCCACUCCAUCAGCUUUGAGACACAGCUUUCUCAGCCUGGACUCGAAGUCAAACUAGAAACAAUGUCCCUACCCAUUGUGGUCAUCUCCAACAUUUCCCAACUGCCCUGUGCCUGGGCCUCUGUGAUGUGGUAUAACAUGCUAACAUGUGAACCCAAGAAUCUGUUAUUCUUCCUGAACCCUCCUCCGGUCACCUGGGGCCAGUUGUCAGAGGUGCUGAGUUGGCAGUUCUCCUCCGUAACCAAGCGAGGUCUCAACGAGGAGCAGUUGAGGAUGCUGGGAGACAAGCUCUUGGGUCAAGAAGCAGCGGGAAACCCUGAUGGGCUCAUCCCCUGGACCAAAUUCUGCAAGAAUGAGAAGACUCUUCCCUUCUGGCUGUGGAUCGAGGGAAUCCUGGAGCUGAUCAAGAAACACCUGCUGUUUCUCUGGAAUGAUGGGUUAAUCAUGGGCUUCGUCAGUAAGGGCAAAGAAAAGGCCCUGCUGAAGGACAAGGAGCCUGGCACUUUCCUACUGCGUUUCAGCGAAAGUAGCCGGGAGGGAGCCAUUACCUUUACCUGGGUGGAGCGCUCCAAUAACAACAUCCAUUUCCACUCGGUUGAGCCCUACACUAAGAAAGAGCUAGUUGCUGUCACCUUCCCUGACAUCCUCCGCAACUACAAGGUGAUGGCUGCUGAGAACAUCCCAGAAAACCCUCUGCUGUACCUCUACCCCAACAUCCCCAAAGACAGAGCCUUCCAACAAUACUACAGCCACCCCACAGAAGCUUCUGAGCCAAUGGAGUUGGAUAAUGGUUCUGAGGCUGGCUACAUUAAAACAGAGCUCAUCUCUGUGUCUGAAGUCCAUCCCUCCAGACUCCAGGAUAAUAUAAUGCCGAUGAGUCCCGAAGUGUUUGGAGAGCUGACCCGGAUUAUAAACCCUGCUGAGAUUGACUCUGUGAUGUGCACUGCCUACCCAAACUAAGCUGAUGUCACCAGGGCAGCAUCUGGGAAAACAACUUAUGUUAGCUUCUCCAGCUGAAUACUGAUGAUGAAGGCCAACGAAACCAAUGAUUACACGUUGAAAUAUUCUUCAAAUAUUUACUAUACACGUACAUUGUUGAAACUGUUCACAUACAUUGUUGUAUGUUGUCAUUUAAUAUUAUUGCAUGAUAUACAUGAGAUUUUGGGGCUUUGAGUCCAGCUGUUAGUUACAUAAUUCACUGUGAAUUUUGGUACAGAGAGACAUUUUGGAAUUGCAAAUGUAGUGGGCGAGGAAAGUCUAAACAUUUUGCAAGUAAGUUUUCUUCUUAACUAAGUAUCUACCAUUUUUUGCCCACCUUUUGUGAAUACCACAAAUUGUAUACACUGUUACUGUACUGUACUGUAAUAUAAUAUACAUGCAUGAGAUUGUGGGCUUUUAA